UUGUUUCCUUUAAAUUAAGUGUUGUAUUUUGUUGUUGACUUAGACUACGAGGAUAUCUAACAAAAACUGUGUGCUGCUGAUCAUACUUUCCUGCUCCUUAGCAUCUGCCAAAAUUUAAGUGGUCAAAUUUGUAACUUUGAGCUUUCGGGACUGUCAAGUGUUUACAACGCCUUUGUCUCAUCACUGUUGAUCCCAGUCAUUAAAGAUUACGCCGUAAGACAUAAUCAUGAGAACAUUUUGUCUGAGGACAAAUAUGUGAACAAGUACUGAAUUCAAGUUUUCCAAUGCAAAGGUAAUGAUGACUUUGCAUAUUUGUGUGCCACCAACAGUGAUGAUUAAAUGGAGCGGAAGUCAGCGGACUGACCAUUAAUGCUUUUGCCAGAGUAGUGACGAAGACAAAAUUUGCAUUUUGAACCUCAUAUUUCUGUAGUUAACCAAAAACAAGCGUAGAUGAGUUCGGCAAAAAAAUCCUUUAAUUUUUCAAUUUUUUUCUCCAUAAACAGGUGCCAGUGAAUAAAAGCCUUCCGAGAAGAAGGUCAUUUGAAAAAUUCACCACCACUUUAUUUUUAUUUUUGGAUUAUCCUUAUUCUAGUCAUCUCUGAAAAUGGGCAGCAAUACAGAUGUUACAUCUUGUUUGUAUGCUAAUAUUUGAAACUUAUACUUUUUUUUAACUUUUCAAUUUUUUCUAUACAUAGCAGUUUUACCCCACCAAUAAAUGCUCAUUUUUGUUUUUCAAGUGAACAUUUUACACAAAUGUACAGUUUCAGUGAAUAUUGUGGAAGGAGGUUCCUUCAUCCCAGAAGGAAAAGGAAGUUAAAAAAUAUCACAAAAAAACACUGAUUUUUAUCAUGUCAUGUCGUAAUUCCCUAUCUCCUGAUCUAAUAAAACAUCCAGAUGUAAAAACUCCUGAUGGUCUGGUCUCUUGGUUGUUCCCUCCCUUCUGUUUAAAUACAGGCACACACAGAACAGGGGCCAUUACUCCAGCUGGCAUCCUUUUGGGCACAUCAGGAACAUCUAACAGUUCAGGACUAUUAUUACCUGGGACUCCUCUGCUUCUGCUAUUACUACUUCUUCCUACUGUAGAACGGAAAACAAGUUCAGGCAUGGACAAGUACAGAUUGCUGCUCAGCGUCCUCUUUGUGACUCUGUCGUGGGGAUGUAUGAGGACAAUAGCUCAGUUAACAACAAAUCCAACCACCACACUACCAGAAAACACCACGGAACUAACAACAAUCGCUGCAGAUGAAACAACCACAAGCACCCCAACCGAAACAACCACAAACAUCACAGUUGAAACGACAGCAAACAUCACAGCUGUAACAACAACAAACAUCACGGCUGAAACAACCACCAACAUCACGACAGUAGCAGCAAAUACUACACUUCCGGCCACAACAAUUCCUCCAGUGUCACCAAACGAGACUGUAAUUCCUCUUCAGGACACUGUUAACAACACUGCCUGUGGAGAUUCACAGCUGUGUGCAGCAGAGCCCUCUAAGUGUGACCCAUCUAGAGACACAUCAUGCUUCUUUCUUGGUGCCAAACUAAUUGAUGGUAACAACUUUGAGUUUGCACUCUCAGGACAGUCAGAUGGCUACGUCGCAGCAUCUGUGUUCAGUAAUGCCAAUGGGAAAGAAGUGACUUAUGUUUGUGCAAAAAGCAACGAUAAAGUGAAGUUUUUUGGCACAAUCAAAGAAAAUGAGACACUGACCUUGGCCCCUCUUCACGUGACCUCUGUGAAGGGCAAGGUCAACGGUACAACAAUCCAAUGCACAUUCCUGGCCACAAUUCCAGACCCUCUUGAUUUAAUAACUAGAGCACGCAGAGCAACCGGCGUCACUAUCUCACUUUCAACCGGAUCAUUCAACACAACUUCUGAAACUUUGGGAACACCAACUGCAGUACUAAGAGCAGACGUUGUGGACCUAGCACAGCCUAAUACCACAGUUGUUAAUACAAUUACCACAACAACUAGCCCCAUUACUACCUUGGCUCCUACAGUAGCAGUGUUAGAAACAGUUGUCUCUAACACCAGCUGCGGCACUGAAAAACUAUGCGCAGCUAAGCCAACAUCUUGCAACCCUGCUGCUGGAGGCACCUGUUCCUUUUUGUCUGUCAAGCAGAAGAGUGGUCAGAUCUAUUCCUUUGAGAUCUCAGGACAGUCAACCGGUUACAUAGGCUCUCUUUUAUCCAUUGACGCUACUUGGGGUAACGGUGACUCUGCCUAUUUGUGUGCCAAUAACAAUGGAAGAGUCACAUUCAUAACUGCCCUUUAUGAUGGGACUCAGCUGAAUCGAAGCCCACUGAAUGUGACGUCAGGAUCUGUGGCAGGCAGAGUUGAUGGAAGCACAAUCCAGUGUACAUUUGAGUCCACACUUCCAGAUACCAAUACUCGAGCAGCAGAUUACGCAGUCGCUGUCAUCAAUGGGACCUAUGACAUUCGUACUGGAGCUUUGGGAAUUCCCUCAAUUUUAUUCAACACCAGUAUAUUAAACCUGACUGAUGUUGCAAAUAGCUCUCCUGGUGUGGUGCCAAAACAGCAAUCCCUACUGCAUGUUCUGGUCCUCAGUGCCGGUGUUCUGAGUCUCACCAUCCUGACAGGACACUGAUUCACAUUAAACUUCAAAGUCAGGCCUGAUCCUAACCCUUGGGCAAGUGCUCCAAAAGGUUCAUUUACUGGAGACACACAAUGAACAAAAUGCAUGUUUUUCUACUCAUAUCUGAAAUGAUUAUGCUUUAAAUUAUGAAGCCAAUGUCGGCUGAUUUUAUAUAACUGAUCUCAUUUAUUCUUUUUAAUUUAAAGAAUUGACACAAAUGUAUUGUCUCGUUUUGAUUCAUUUAUUGUUGAACCCAAGAAAGGCAAAGUAUAAAUCAAUAAACUCUGAUUUCAGUAAAA